AUGCGCAUCGCAGUAAUGGGAGCGGGCGGCGUCGGCGGCUGCCUCGGCGCGCUGCUCGCCCGCAACGGCAACGACGUAACCCUCAUCGCCCGUGGCGCCCACCUCGACGCCAUCCGCUCCAGCGGCCUGCGCCUUCGUCAGGACGAAGCCGAGUUCACCGUCAACGUUCCAGCCACCAGCGACGCCCGCGACGUCGGCCCCGUCAACCUCGUCCUGUUCACCGUCAAGACCUACCACAACGCCGCGGCCAUCCCCGCCAUCCGCCCCCUCGUCGGCCCCGACACCGCCGUCCUCACCCUGCAGAACGGAGUGGAAUGCCACCCCCGUCUUCGUGAGUCACUGGGCCCGGGCCACGCGCUUCCAGGCGCCUAUUGGACCGCCUCCAGCGUCCAGUCCCCCGGCGUCAUUGCCAGCAUCGGCCCGACUCCCCGGCUCUCUUUCGGCGAGGAGAGAGGUCGUACGUCCGCGCGCUCCGAGUCCAUCCGCAACGCGCUCCGGUCGGCAGGCAUCGACGCCGAACUCUCCCCAGACCCGCUCCAGGUCAUCUGGUCCAAGUUCAUAGUCCUCUGCUCCCUUGCCGGCAUCACUAGCGCCGCCCGCACCCGCAUCCGGGAAUUCAUUCAGGACCCGAGAGGUCUGGAGCUUUUCACCGAGGCCAUGCGGGAGGUCGACGCCGUAGGCCGAGCCAGGGGCGUCAACCUGCCCGAGGGUCUGGUGGAGAGCCAGGUCGAAUUCAUCAAGGGAUUCCCCGACUUCCAGAACUCCAUGCACGCCGAUUUCGAGAACGGCCGCCCCACCGAGCUCGACGCCCUCAACGGCACGUCGUCCGGAUGGGUACCGAAGCCCGCAUCCCCACUCCCAUAA